AUGCAGUUUUAUCCAAAUUCUUGUGAUCCGAAGAUCUGUCCAAGAACUUGCAGGUUAUCCGAGCGGAUGAAAUUCGGUUGCCCGAGGGAAAUUCCCGAUGCUAAGAUAAAUGCCAAGACAAGCAAGAUUAUGAUAUUUCUUUGCCAUCACCUCCAUGAGGGUCUAAAGAUAGAGUACUUGACUGUAAAAGAUCCACAAGUCUUUAGGAGUAAUCUAAAGGAGAGGUAUGGCCACCAGAAAACUGUAAUAUUGCCUAAAGCUCGAUAUGACUGGUUACAUUUAAGACUACAAGACUUUAAGUCUGAGAGUGAAUAUAACUCAGCCAUGUUCAGAAUUACUUCACAAUUGAAGUUAUGUGGAGAGAAAAUCACUGAUGCAGAAAUGUUAGAGAAAACAUACUCUACCUUUCACGCAAAUAACAUUGUCCUGCAGACACAAUACCGUGAAAGGAUUUAA